UUAUAAUUAUUCGCUGUGAUCUCGAUGAGCUGGCUGGGGAGCACAGGUUUGGCUGAUUUUGCGUUCUCAGCGCUCAGUAAAGCGCAGAAACGAAUAGACAAGGUACUGGACAUUAGAGAAGAUAAGAAUGAAGGAAGUCACGACAAAUCAAACUCUAGAAAGACAUCUUCUUCUGCUAGUAAAAUUUUGAAACAGAAUACAAGAGACGAAGAGAAAGAGUCGAGCGCUCAGACGUCAACUUCCUUUCCCAACAGCACAGAAUCUAGCCCUGAAAAGAGUUUUAGUAGGAAACAACAACAAACAGAGAAGCCCACUGCUGCUGCUACAAUUCAGAAUGAGGAGGAGUUUUCGUGGAAUGUCUUGUUUGAUGGAGAAUCAAGCAGCUCGUUAGCAGAGCCAGCAGACAGACCAGCACGUCAGCAGUUGAAGUCUCCAUCAAAAUCUCCAUCAAAGUCUGCAUCACAAUCUUCAAGGACAUCAAGAAAGUCAACCUCAAAACAUUCUGAAAAAACAUCAGACAAUCAAGAGAUAGUCUCACCAGAAGCAGCUAUUCUGUCUUUGUCUGCAAGAAAGCAAGCAGAUUCUCAUGAUGACAAGGUCACUGAGAAUGAGAAAAUUGACACCAAUCAAGGAAGACAGCCUCUAUCUGCUGAAGAGCAAGUUCAGACUCAACAUGGUGAUGUCAAGACACACAAAGCAAGUAAACUUUCGACUAUGAGUGUAACUCAGCAGCUAGAUGAGAAAAAUAAGGGACAAAAAUCUUAUGAGAGUAGCACUGUGGAGACUGAUGGGUCAGCUUUGGUUGACAGUCACACUGGAAUGAAUACUGCUGCUGUACUGGUAGCACAAAGUCUACCUGCAGAUGACAUUUCAAAGGCACAUAGUAAAGAAGAGGGAAACUUAAGGGCAGAUAGUUCUGCCUUACUCGUACAGAAGGGAGAUGUUAUAUCACAUGAAGACAGCACAACUCUAUGUAUGUCACAGCCAGAAGUCACAAGUAAUAAAUCCAGUCACUUAACUUCCAAACUGAAAACUGAAGAAGAGCAUCAAGUUGACACUACAGCGUCAGUACAAGAUGAUAAAUUGAAAUUGGAACAGUCGUUUGAAUUGUCAUUGCUGCCACCUUCACUUCUUGACUGUACCAUUGAACAAAAGACUGACUUCGACAAGUCUGUGAGAGAUGAGCAAGAGCAACAUGAAGGGGCUAAUGCAUUUGACACAGUUGUUGAUGAAUUGUCUGUCAAGACUAGCAAUGUUGGAAGUGAACUGCAUCUGCAAGAGGAUGUAGAACGGCUAUCUGAGCUUGUGAAGGUGAGAGAGAGACAGUUACUGACGGCUACACAGGAGACUGCUGCACUUCAAGCAACUAAUGGCAGUCUAAGACAUCAGCUUGAGAGUAUGGAGGAGUCUCGAGCAGCAGAAAACACAGACUUGGACAACAUGCGCAAAGAAUUUUGUGAUCGUAUUAGUGUCACAGAGAAGAAACUCCAGACUGUCUCGAAGGACAGGGACAAGCUGAAACAAGAGCUUCAAGAUCGGGAGAAGCAGCAGCAAGACAGGAUUGACACUGAUCUAGCUGCUGUCACUGCUGCAGUCAAAGAGAAGGAUGAACAGAUUGCUGGCCUCAUGGAAGAAGGUGAGAGACUGUCUAAACAGCAGUUACAGAGCUCAAAUACAAUCAAGAAAUUACGAGCAAGUUCGAAGAAAGAUCAACAGCUAAUUGCAUCACUAAAAGCUGAAGUGCAGGAACUAGAGGCGAACGUAAAGGAUCUAAAAGAGACACUAAAGUUGAAGGAAGAGAAUGAAGAUAAAUAUCAAGAUGCCGUUUCUAAGUUAAAUGCCGCUUGUGAGCACCAGAACAAAGAGCUGUCUGAUCUCAAGGAGGAAUUAGAUGCAACAUCAACAAGAUGUCGUGGUCUAGAGGGCAACCUGGACAACACAUACCGAGAAGUGGCAGAACUUCGUAGGUCACAAGCUGCAUCUCAGACUGCAGCUCAGCAAGCAGCGGUCAGUGCUGAGGUGCAAGCUAAAGGAGAAUUGAAACAGAUUCUUGAGCAACAAAAGAUGAGCGCCCAACGACAACAGGAUGCACUAGCAAUGCAAAUUGAAGACAUGCAGCAUAACAUGAGUAGAGCUGAACAACAAGCAGGUAGACGAGAAGACAACUUUCGACAAGAAAUUGCUGACCUCCAACAGAGACUACAAGAAGCCGAAUCGAGGAAUGAAGAACUGUCUCAAUCUGUGUCGUUAGCUACCAAGCCGUUGUUGCGGCAGAUUGAAAAUUUGCAACAUACUCAUCGAUCACAGUCAGCUGCUUGGGAAAGAGUUGAAAGAAACCUUACUGAGAGAUUAUCUGAGACACAGUCAUUGCUGGCUACAGCAACUGAAAGGGAACGGCUUGCUGUGGAACAUGUUGCUGAGAUUCAGUCACGAGUUCAGACGCUUGACACACAAACUUCAUCACAUCGACAAGAGAAGUCUCGGUUGGCUGCAGAAGUUGAACUGCUGCAAGCCAGAUGUGAUAGCUUGGAAGAGAGUCUAGCCGCUGAUCGAGCAAAAUACACAGUUUUGCAGUCUGAACAUGCAAGGGUGAUUGAAGAAUCGAAAAGAGAAAAGAUUGUUCUAGAGCAACAAUUUGAACAGGAACGUGCAAGAGCUGAGGUGGAAUCGCAGAAGGCUAUAACAGCAAUGAAACAGCGGUUGCUCAACUGGUUUAUGCAUCAGGAUGCACAGCUGUCCAGACAGCAAAGUCUUUCAAGUAUAGUGAGCAGUGGGCCUUCUUCUCCUAUGUCAUUAGUACCGACUAUCUACUUACCCAGCCAAGACGAAAUCCUAGAGCAUUCACUCCAUGUUCAUUCUCCACAUGGCAGUGUGAGUCUCAAAUCUCGCCCAGAGAAAAGUGGAGGAAGUAGAACAACUCUACAGCCAGUACUGGAGGCUCUUCAAUCACAACUGAAGCAACGGGAGGGAGAAGUUCAUACACUACAGAGUGAGCUUAUAAGUAUGGAGAAAGCAAGAGACGCCCUUGGUGAGGAAGUCGUAUCUCUGUCAACAAGAAGCAAUGAAUUGGCAUUGCAAGUUACCAAGCUGUCUGAACUUCGAUCUCAAAAUCAAGAGGUGGAACAACGGUAUGCUGCGUUACUGCAGAUGUAUGGUGAAAAGGCUGAAGAAGCUGAUGAGCUGCGUCUUGAUCUCCAGGAUGUCAAAUCAAUGUACAGGCAACAGAUUGAGCAGCUGUUGAAGGAAACGACAGCAUCACAAACAUAAAAACGAUUAGUAACUAUUUAAGACUUUAUUAUUGAUGACGAAUGAGACUGAUAGCGAUCAAAUAUUUGACUCAAACAAACACAUAUUUCUUGUUUUGUUGUAAAUAUCAAUUACAUGAAAAAGCUAGUCUACAAG